CUUAAGUAAUGACAAUAGAUAGCUUCGUAUGCGUCGAACUUUAUCUAGGCUGGAUUAAAUACGUAACCACGCAAUGUGACCGCCGGCUGAAGUAGAUGACCUUGAAAGGCUACUGUACUCUCUUAUAAUGUCAAAACUAUGGCAGGCAUACCUUGGUGUGUUACAGAGACAUCCUUGGAAAACUCAGGCGACAACUACAGGUACACUCAUGGCAGCAGGAGAUGUCAUUGCACAAAUAUUCAUAGAAAAGAAGAACACAGCAAAUUAUGACACAGUUAGGACACUACGCUUCCUUGGUUUUGGUACUCUACUUGCAGGUCCAGUGUUGAGGACGUGGUAUAUGACACUAGAUUUUCUCUUCAAAGGGACUACCAAGACUGUGGCACUAAAAAAAGUGUUUUGUGAUCAGGCAUUCUUUGCUCCUUCUUUUCUGACUGUUUUUAUCACAACAAUGGGUUGGCUGCGUGGAGACCCCUGGUCAGAGAUUCAGGAAAAGGUCAAGAGAGACUUCUUACCAAUACUCAUGGCAAAUUAUCAGUUGUGGAUACCAGUGCAAAUAAGCAAUUUUUAUUUUGUUCCAUUUCAUCACAGGAUAUUAGUUGUCAAUGUAGUGGCUUUAUUCUGGAACACAUAUCUGGCAUGGAAAUCUGAGCGAAAACUGACGGAAAAUAAACCCAUCGCCAACAAAGACACACAGUGAAGAGGAUACCGAAACCCGGGUGACGUGA